AUUGUGGGAUAAAGGCGGAAUUGUAGCGGUUUCCGUAUUCCCUGAAUUGGCCUGUUGGGAAGAAAGAAAACAAGGAAGGUGGAAAAAAAUUAAAAAAAAAUCAUCGUUUUUGCGUUUUAUCACGAGUCUAUAAUAGCCAAGAAAGAGCACCAUGACGCAGUCUGGAGAAAAAGGAAAGUUCCCUGAUGCUACAGGAUACGUCGGCUUUGCCAACCUGCCCAAUCAGGUGCACAGGAAGUCUGUCAAGAAGGGAUUUGAGUUUACACUGAUGGUCGUAGGAGAAUCUGGUCUUGGGAAAUCGACCCUUAUUAACAGCCUCUUUCUGACCGACCUCUACCCAGAACGCUACAUACCUGGAGCAGCAGAGAAAAUCGAACGCACAGUUCAGAUCGAAGCGUCCACCGUGGAGAUCGAGGAGAGGGGAGUGAAGCUCCGCCUCACCGUGGUGGACACGCCAGGAUACGGAGACGCCAUCAACAGCCAGGACUGCUUUAAAACAAUCAUCCAGUAUAUUGAUAAUCAGUUCGAGCGAUACCUGCAUGACGAGAGUGGACUGAACCGUAGACACAUCGUUGACAACAGAGUACACUGCUGCUUUUACUUCAUCUCGCCAUUUGGACAUGGUCUGAAGCCUCUGGAUGUCGAGUUUAUGAAGGCGAUCCACAGUAAAGUCAACAUCGUCCCUGUGAUUGCAAAGGCCGAUACUCUCACACUGAGAGAGAGAGACCGACUCAAGAGACGGAUUUUGGAUGAGAUCAGCGAGCAAGGCAUCCGGAUCUACCAGCUUCCUGACGCCGAUUCGGACGAAGACGAAGAAUUCAAGGAACAGACGCGUGUCCUCAAGGCCAGCAUCCCGUUUGCCGUGAUCGGCUCAAACCAGCUGAUCGAGGUGAAGGGCAAGAAGAUCCGUGGACGUUUGUACCCAUGGGGUGUGGUAGAGGUGGAGAACCCUGAACACAAUGACUUCCUCAAACUACGCACAAUGCUAGUAACUCACAUGCAGGACCUACAGGAGGUCACUCAAGACCUCCAUUAUGAGAACUUCCGUUCGGAGAGACUAAAGAUAGCCGGCAGAGCGGUUGAGGAGGACGUGCUGGACAAAGAUCAGAUCCUCUUGCAGAAGGAAGCCGAGCUGAUGCGCAUGCAGCAGAUGAUCGCUCAGAUGCAAGCGCAGAUGAGAAUGAAACCAGGAGACGACUAAGAACGUGUGUCUACGAGUGUGUUGUGGGAACAGGACAUCUUCCUCAAAUGUUCCCCAUUUUUAAACCAUAUUUACCGUUAAAUCCCUCAUUUUAAUGUCAUCUAGAUCAUAUGACUUGUACUACUUUACAGCUACUCUACACUUUUCAAAUGGUCCAUUAUGACGUCAUUUUGUCAACGGUCUCUGUCCCAUCAGGGAAAACGCCCUCAGUCAUUUAUAGUCAUUCAUUCACAAAUGUAAUCCUGGAGAUUUCAAAGGCAGUCUGAAUCUUUUUCUGUGCCAAACUCCAUUUAUUUGCUGCUUAUAUAGACGUUAUCAUGUAUCCGCAUCGCAUAUGUUUACCAGCUGAUCCAUUAACACUGUCUAACACAGAUACGGUGCUUUUAUAGUGGGGAAAUUGAAUAAAAUUAGCAUUUGUUUUUUUUGUAGAUGAGUCUAGUUAAGUUUAGAGUCUUCCUACAGGUUUAUAACCGUGACUCAUUCGUGCACAUGAAUUAAUAUCAAAGUUUGGCUGUUUUCUGAGGGUGUCUGUAGUGCUUAGCACUAUGUUUUUCAUGUAGAUAUACAGUGGGUACGGAAAGUAUUCAGACCCCCUUAAAUUUUUCACUCUUUGUUAUAUUGCAGCCAUUUGCUAAAAUCAUUUAAGUUCAUUUUUUUUCCUCAUUAUUGUACACACAGCACCCCAUGUGAUAUUUCAGUUUUUCUUUUUUAAUAAAUGUGCAAAAAUGUCAACAAUUCUGUGUUUUUCUGUCAAUAUGGGGUGCUGUGUGUACAAUAAUGAGGGAAAAAAUGAACUUAAAUGAUUUUAGCAAAUGGCUGCAAUAUAACAAAGAGUGAAAAAUUUAAGGGGGUCUGAAUACUUUCCAUACACACUGUACCUGCUAACAUGAAAGUAGCCAAUGCAAAUUUAAAUGAAAGAGUUAAAUGCUCACAAAUCAUUUUAUCUAAAUAUGUUCAAUCAAAUUUUUAAAAUGAAUCUAUAGGGUGCAAAGUCUUUUGUAGGGCGGCGUUUCCCUCUAGUGGACAAUACUGAAUAAUAGAAAGGAGAUAAAAGCUAAAUGAUUGGUCAAUAUUGCCACAUUUUGUUUGUAUUGUUUUGAUGAUGAUGUAAUGUCUGAUUAGCACCAUUUUGAUUGGUGAAUGUUUGAGAGUUCAGCUUUCUUAUUUUGAGCGUGUGAAUGGAGUGAUGGUACUAAAAUGACGUGAAAGUGUUUAUCAUGGAAGCACUCGGUCAGCUUCUUUAUGUCAGAUCCCACUUCGUAUUUAGAUUUUUGAAAUCAUUCACAGAAAUGCCUUAACGCCACCUUUCCUAGGAACAUUCUGCACACAUUUUCUGUGGUUUUAUAUAUAUAGUUUUAUUGCUUUUUAUUUUUGAGCUACUCUUCUACUACUCCUACUCAGUGGCGGAGCUAGGGGGUGACCAUGGGUGGCCGUGGCCGCCAUGGACCGAAGCCUGGCCACCCCAAUCGCAGUAGCUGUUUUAGUCAUUUUUUGGCACAAUUUAGUUCUUUAGAGGUGACAUCAUCUCUGUACAAACUUAACAUGUGUUCACACCAAGAUCGCCACACCUCUCUGUCCCGGAUGUCAUUGUAUCUCCCCCCCCCAGACACACACACACACACACACACACACACACACACACACACACAGCAGUGAUCCCUAGCCCCUGUCUGAUCACCCCUUUGAAAAACUCCUGGCUCCGCCCCUGCUCCUCCUAAACAUGAUAACAUCUACUACAGUGUUAAAAAUAAAGUUGAUCUUUAUAUUUCUUGUUUAACAGCUGGACCGUUUAAUGUGUUUUAAUUAAUCAGCGGUACUAGCUUUAAAAAAGAACGAGUUAUUAUGGUCUACUGUAAACACACUGAUUUUGUUUAAUUUGUGGUUCAGCCCAGUUAUUUUGACUUGGUUAUCUCCUGUUUUGGCCUUUUUAAUAAGAUUAAAGGUUUUCAGUUCAUGGUACAGUAACAUUAAUGCUUGCUUCAUUUUUGUAUUUACUCAUGUUGAGAAAUAAAGUCACUUUCUGAUUCAUCUGUGGUGAAAUGCUGCA